AUGCUAUUCGAAGACCUCGCAACCGAGCUGCUUCUGCAGAUUUAUCUGUGCUGCAACUCUCUGACAGAUUUGACGGCGCUGUCAUCCACCUGUCGUCGUUUCCGCAACGUCUACUCUUCGUCUCAAAAGAUGCCGCUCCUCGAAACAGUCGCCGAAACCCAAUACGGCCCUCUACAAGACCUUACCCAACUCCUUACCCAUAAUGCCAGUCAGCCCGCUCACAUCCUCCGUUCGGUCCCUUUUUCGGCCGCGUUACUCAAGCAGAUUGUACACCACGGGCGUGUUGCAGAGAAAUGGUGCGACAUAUACCCGUUUAAAAAAUGGAAGCACAACUACGAGGAUCGCAGACUGUUGACCAACGAUGAGCGCUAUCAUCAACCACCCACGCGAACUCCGCGCCACCCGCCUGGUCCUUCUCCAACGCGCCGCGCUGCUUCACAACUGGAGCACAUGGGAGCUGGCUGA